AUGUCGACGCUCGCCGCGGCUGCAAAGGGCGACGCGGCGCCGCUCUCGACGACGCCCGCGCUCAAGUCCGGCUCUGGCGGGGCGAAUGCAGCAGCAGGAGCAGCGACAACAACUACAACGACGGGAACGGGAACGGCAACGGGGACAGCAGCAACGACAAAGGACAGCGAGGUGCCGCUGGCCGGCUCGGCGGCACCUGCAGCACCUGCCCUGGCCGCGGGCCCGGUGACGGACAUGGGCGCCUUUGGCCAGAUCUCGUCGCCCCACGAGCUCACCGACUGGGUCGACGGCGUCCUCGACCAGCUCGAGGCGCGCUUCGCCUCGAUGUCCUCCCAGGUCGACCUCCGCAUGAAGGAGAUGAGCGAGCGCAUCGACGCGCUCGAGACGUCCAUCGAAGACCUCAUCACGGGCGCCACGGCCCCAGUCCCUGCGCAGCACACCGGCAGCGGCGGCACCCAGGGCCCGCAGGACGAGUAG